AAACGAAACAAGUACCUUCGCCUGAUAACUCGGAAUCUCAUGAAAAUACGGCUUAUUUUGUCGCUGGGUCGUCGUUUCUCUGUCUGUAUGAAGAGAUCGACUUUGAAGUGUGUGCCUAAAGCCUUAAGCCUUAUCCCUUGA